CGAGUGCGGAAGAGUUAGCUUUAGCCUCGGCAGAGUAUCAGCAGAGUGAGACAGAGCUCCAGAACCUCCAGAACCCGGUCAGGAACAGCAGAACCAACAGGAACAGCAGAACCAUGGCCAUGAACCGAAACCACUCUCAGCAGGGAGGAGCUCUGAUCGAUAACAGUGAGAGUGUGCUGAGAGACUGUAAGAAUGUGGAGCUGUCCUUCAGUGAUGUCACACACAAGAGCGAUGCCUUUAAAGGCACCAAGAAGGGAUCUGUGUAUCUCACCCCAUACCGGAUGGUGUUUGUGAGCAGUAAUAUGAAGGAGAGGCUGUGCUCCUUCAUGUUUCCUUAUUACCUGAUGAAGAACUGCAGCAUUGAGCAGCCUGUGUUUGCCGCCAAUUACAUCCAAGGCAUCAUCAAAGCAGAGCCGGGCGGUGGCUGGGAGGGCCAGGCUAGCUUUAAGUUGACUUUCCCCAGCGGGGGCGCUAUAGAGUUGGGACAGCACCUCUUUAAACUGGCCUCUAAUGCAUCACGGGCCCCUGCGCAGAACGGUGGGGGUGGAUGUGCUCCUGCAGGGUAUAUGAACGGCUACGCCAGUCCUGCCAUGCCACAGCCAUAUCCGUACACACCCCAGCCAUACCAGUAUACCCCACAGCCCGCCUACAACCCAUACGCCUACCCCGCUGCUGCCCCAGGCAUGAAUGCCACAGCUCCACCCUACAUGGCUCCUCCUCCCCCUUACCCUGGACCCCCUCAGAACUGGAGCGCUCCAGUUGCUCCAGGAAACACUAAAGCAGCUGAAGCAGCUGGUAGCGCCUACUACAACCCCACCAACCCCCACAAUGUCUACAUGCCAAUGGACCAGCCUCCUCCCUACUAUCCUCCUCAGAAUCAGCCGGACAAGAAAAACAACUGAAUUCUCUGAGCCCACAUCAUUGUCAGCUAUUAUUAUUAUUAUUAUUAUUAUUACUUAUUAUUAUUAUAAUUACUUCCUAAUAUUGCUUUUGCUCUUGUAGCUGACACCAGACUCCUGUAUUCAGAUGUGAGGAGUUUCUAGGUGUCUAAACGAGAGCAGUUAUACACAUUCUGUGUGUCUGUGUGUGUGUGUGUCAGUCCGUCAGUUAGUCAUCCCUUUGUGUUGAAGUGAUUCAAUCUCUUUAGUUUUCUAUAGAUCUUUACUUUUUGAGAGAGAGGUGUAGAGGUAGAGAGAGGUAGAGCGUGAGCUGCAGUUUCUAAUCACAUUUAUAUGCCGUGAGACAGAGAACGGACAGAGAGAUGGAAAUUAUUCUUUAGUAUUUAAUCAUGAAAGUGAAUGAAGAGUUAAUUAACCAUGAGACGUUUCUACUUUUGCUAACACAAGGGUUAAUUCACCUGGAGAAGGUGUGUGUGUGGGGGAGGUUCUGGUGUUUGUGUGUGUGUGUGUGUGUGUGUGUGUGUGUGUGUGUAGGAGAGAGAGAGGGGAGUGAGAGAGAAAGACAUUGAUUGGACACUUUAAGAAACGAUUCACUGAGUAAAUGAAUCCACACUGAGUCACUGAUUGCAUUUAUAUGCAAUCAUUUAGGAUCAAUUAAGGUCUAAAAAUUAGAUUUAAGAAAUCUAAAAUUCUGUAUACUUUUAAUCGCAGUAUUCUUGGAUUACUCAGUCUGCAAAACUCUAAUUAUUGUCUGACUCGUAAAAUCUAGCGUUUUCUAUUAUCUUAUUUACUGGAUUGGAAUCCUAACAUACUCUGAUGUUCAGCAGUAACUGGUUUAAGAAGUGCAUGUAAACGCACUUAGUGUUCUGGGCAUUCUAAUGUGCCCCUUCUGUUUCUUAAAGUACAUUCUUUAUUAAUUAGUUAAUUUAUCUACUUAUGUGAACAGCGAAUAGUUAAAAAUGAAAUUAAUUUAGGGAAAUGUGUUCAGACCGCUGUACUGCACCACUGAACCCAGUGAGAGUGCAUAUAUUCCAGAUGAUGCUGCUGGCUAAUGGAAGGUCAUGGGGUCAGAAUUAUGUUGCGUGUGGUUGGCAUGCAUGCUGUGUGUGUGUGCUUGCGCGUGCGUGCGUGCAUGCGUGUGUGUGAGAGAGAUUGAGUGAGAAAGAAGAAUUAUAAUAUAGAGUAUCCCCCUUCGCACUCCUCUCUCCUCUGUUCUUUUUGACUGUAAUAUUUGUAUGAUCUCCAGCUGUGGAAUAUUAUAUUACUGAAUAAAUAUGAAUAAAUCUGAGAAUCA